GCCCAGUGGCCGUGCUAUUCCAAUGCGCAUGCGUGUUUCGCGCACUGAGCGGAGACCAUUUCCUCCAGCAGCAGGCCUCGCAGAGCUUCUCCUCACACACACAAACAUACACACACACAGCCUAUAUGCGGACCGAGUACGGACAGCCGUCAAAGGAAAGCCACGUUUGGGAUUGUCUAAUCUUAACACCGUUAAACCUGGAUGUCCCCCGACCGCAGGAGUCAUCCUGAUGGGCCUUCAUCGCUAAUUUGCAGCAACAUCUGGUCGACACCACAGUGGUAUCUUUUGGCUCUGAUGGUACUAGCUGAAUAGUGACCGCUACCGCCUGAGGACACCUGCUGCCCAAUUCCCUUCAUCAUGUCUGGGAUUCAUGCACCAUGGUCAACUGGCACAGAGUGUGUAGCCAAGUACAACUUCCAGACUGCCAACGAACAGGACCUGCCUUUCUGUAAAGGAGAUGUACUGACCAUCAUCGGAGUCACCAGGGAUCCCAACUGGUACAGAGCGAGGAACACAGUGGGAAGAGAGGGCACCAUCCCGGCUAACUAUGUCCAGAAAAGGGAAGGAGUCAAGUCAGGAGGGAAACUCAGUCUUAUGCCCUGGUUUCAUGGGAAGAUUACACGGGAGCAGGCCGAGCGGCUCCUCUACCCUCCGGAGACGGGCUUGUUCCUGGUGAGGGAGAGCACCAACUACCCCGGCGAUUACACCCUGUGCGUCAGCUGCGACGGCAAGGUGGAGCACUACCGCAUCAUCUACCACAACGGCAAGCUCACCAUUGACGAGGAGGAGUACUUUGAGAACCUCAUGCAGCUGGUUGAGCAUUACACCAAAGAUGCCGAUGGCCUUUGCACCAGGCUGAUUAAACCCAAGUUGAUGGAGGGAACAGUGGCAGCGCAAGACGAGUUCUCCAGGAGUGGCUGGGCCUUGAACAGAAAGGAGCUGAAGCUGCUGCAGACCAUUGGCAAAGGGGAGUUUGGAGAUGUGAUGGUAGGAGACUACAGAGGGACCAAAGUGGCGGUCAAGUGUAUCAAAAAUGACGCCACAGCACAGGCUUUCAUCGCAGAGGCCUCUGUCAUGACGCAACUGAGGCACAACAACCUGGUGCAGUUGCUAGGGGUUAUUGUCGAGGAGAGGGGCAGUCUCUACAUCGUCACAGAGUACAUGGCUAAGGGCAGCCUAGUGGACUACCUUCGAUCUCGAGGACGGACCGUGCUCGGUGGAGACUGCUUACUCAAGUUCUCACUUGAUGUGUGUGAAGCCAUGGAGUACCUGGAGGCCAACAACUUCGUCCAUAGAGACCUGGCAGCUCGUAACGUGCUGGUGUCUGACGACAACAAUGCCAAGGUCAGCGACUUCGGCCUCACCAAGGAGGCCUCCUCCAUACAGGACACUGCCAAGCUGCCCGUCAAAUGGACCUCCCCCGAAGCUCUAAGAGAGAAGAGGUUUUCCACCAAGUCGGACGUCUGGAGUUAUGGAAUCCUACUUUGGGAGAUCUAUUCCUUUGGCCGCGUGCCUUACCCUAGAAUUCCGUUGAAAGAGGUGGUGCCCCGGGUAGAGAAGGGAUACAAGAUGGACGCCCCAGACGGCUGCCCGCCCGUGGUGUACGACCUGAUGAAGCAGUGCUGGACCCUGGACUCCGUGGUGCGGCCCUCCUUCCGCAUGCUGAGAGAGAAGCUGCAGCAUAUCAGAGCCAAGGAGCUCUACCUGUGAAGAGGAGGCCCAUGGGAGGCGAAGGGGGGAGAGGAGGGGGGCGGGACACAGCCUAACACAGCUGUAAAGUGGGAGGAGGAGGAGGAGGAGAAGAGGAAGCGGGACCACCUUCCUCCUGCCUGCCCAGCCUGUUGACCUGUGGGACUGCCAUACUGUGUCCCCUCCCCCGACCUCAGACGUCCCCCAGCCGCCUUCUGCUUCCAUACAGGGACUGUUUUCCUGUUUGUGUUGUAUAGCUUUUGCCAGACAGUUUCCUCUUCUCUGCUCUUUCCUCUUUACCUGCCUCUGCUCACUUGCUCUCUCUGUCUCUUCUCUCUUGGUCCAAGUUUCUUUUCUUCCUCCACCAGGAAGAUCCCUUUUCUCUCAUACCGACCCCCCCCCCCCCCCCCC